CAUCUCUCUCGACCGUAAGUCAAGCCGCCCUCCGCCCUCCGCCCUCCGCCACCGCCCACCCCGUCUCGAUCCUCCCUCAAUUCUCCUCGAUCCAUCAACAUGCCGCAGAACGUCUUCAAGGAGUCUAACGCCCAGCCCACCGCCCCCACCGGCGCCCCCGCCCCCUCGUUCCUCCAGAAGAAGGGGCUGUUGGGCGGCAAGGGCCUCGGAUCGACCAUGUCGCCCACGGACAACUUCAUGAGCCCGAUUUCCGCCAAGCUCAACGGUGCAAAGCAGCGUCAUUUCCAGAAGGGCAAGCCCGUCGCGCUCGCGUCCAAGCUGAGCUCGCUCAGCGCCGGCGCCGAGAAGAAGGACACGCCGCUGUAAAUCUUAAAUCUUACAGCUCGCCCGACGAACACCCUCCCGCGCUGGCUCGACCCGUCGCCGCGCGCACACACGGACUGUAGAGCUUCCAGCUCGCUUAUGCAUGGUUGUCAUUUGGCCACUUG